AUGGCUGCCGGAAGCUCCCCUUUCAGAUUAUACCGAAAGUCAGCUGAAGCCUUAAUCGGCGACUCGCCAAAGCUUGAGCUUCUCUACGAGAAUGCUGAGUACCCAUUCGCACACGAAGCUGGAGUUUUUAUUGUGGAUGAUGAUAAACUUUUCGUCACAAGUAAUCGGUACGAUGACCCUGAGACGGGGCAACCGAAAAUCACGAUCACCCGAAUCGAUCUGUCAACAGAUAGGGAGAUCGUAACGUGUGAGGUGAUUGAGGCACCUGGAGUGCCUAUGGCCAACGGAGGCGUAAAUUACAAAGAAGGUAUCCUGUUCUGUGCACAGGGUACAUUACAAAUACCAGGUGGGCUGGUGUAUAUGGAAUCUCAGCCGCCGCAUCGCACACAGAAUCUCAUUAGCUCCUUCCACGGUCGGGAUUUCAACUCGGUCAACGACGUGGUGGUGCACUCUGACGGGUCGAUCUGGUUUACUGAUCCUAUAUAUGGUUGGGAACAAGGAAUUCGGCCAAAACCUCGGCUACCGAACCAAGUUUAUCGGUACGACCCGGAGACAGGUUCAAUCCGGGCUAUAGCAGAUGGUUUUGGGCGGCCGAAUGGGAUUUGUUUUAGCCCUGAUGAGAAGACUGUCUAUAUUACAGACACAGAUUGGAUCCACGGCGGCAGUGGUGGAUCAGAUGAUACCAGGCCAUCGCACAUAUAUGCGUUCGACAUAAUGCUGGUUUCCGACCAGCCGUUCUUGACCAAUCGGAGACUCUUCGCCAUGGCCGAUACUGGGAUUCCUGAUGGCAUCAAGUGCGAUGUUCAUGGCAACGUCUACAGUGGUUGUGGCGAUGGAGUCAAUAUAUGGACAUCUGGAGGAGUCCUGGUCGCGAAGAUUCUGGUGGAGGGAGGUGUUGCAAAUUUCUGCUUUGGGCGCAAUGGAGACAUGUAUCUUCUCAACGAGCAUAAGCUGUGGAAGGCCCAGCUGGCAUCAUCGACUAAAGGGGCAUUGCUACGAAUUUAG